AGCGAGCCCUGGGCGUCCGAGGAGAUCACGACGAGAGGAGGAAAAAAAGCAGGAAAAAAAGGAGCAGACCUUAAAAACUCCCGACAAAUGACUGUUUACCUCGGAUGUGAGCGGCCGCAGCGGAACAGCGUAGCUGGCUUCGUCUCGGUCGACAGUCGGUUGAGGGAAAGCGAGAGAAAAAUCUGAGAGGAUUAACGCACAGGCGGCGUAGAAAAUAAACAGGAAGGACUUGAAUACCAGCUGCGACUAUCCGGAUUAUCCACUCGCUAAAAAAGGGAAAACAAGCGACGCUUCGCGAACGUUUCUCCGCCCGGAGAGGAUGAGGUGACCGCCAGGAAACGGAGCGAAAGUGUCGGCGGUCGAAGUUGGAAGCGAGCGGGAAGGGAAACGGACUCCACCGGGCCUGGACGGAUAUUUAGAUGUUGUCGUGUAAACUUCGCUGCCGAUGCCGUUUUAAAGCGGCGCUGUAGGAGCCCGGGUUCACGCAGCAGAGGCUGAUUUCUCCCCCCCACGUACACUUCAAUCCAGAGCCCGCUAGUGAUUCGCUUCACCGGAUAUUAACACGAAGAAGAUCGGGAUUGUUUGUGCCGAUGCCAACGGCAGACUGCAGGUUGCUCCAUCAUGGCCGGAUCAUGAGGUGUCUGACUUAUCUGCUCCUACUUCCAGAAACACUGAAAAAGUCCAAGAAGGUCGGCAAGCUCCCGGGCAGGCUGCCGGUAUGUUAUGAGAUCCUCACCCUGUCCCUGACGAGCAAGAAGAAGCAGCAGAAGCAGAAGAUGGCUGCGGAGUUGUACCCCGCCGCCAACACCAACAACACCAACCUGUCCAACGGCACCACGGUGGCGGACGCCGAGAAGACCAAGCAGGUGCAGGUGAGCCAGGCGAGCAGCAGCAGCAGCGCGGCGACCACCCCGACCACCCAGCAAAACAUCAACAACAACAACGUAGAUCCACCCAGCUGGCAGUGCAGCCACCCCACACUGAGAGAGAGGAAUGCCUUGAUGUUUAACAAUGAGCUGAUGGCUGAUGUCCACUUCAUCGUUGGUCCCGCGGGGGGAUCGCAGAGGGUUCCAGCACACAAGUAUGUGCUGGCCGUGGGAAGCUCGGUCUUCUGUGCCAUGUUUUACGGCGAUCUGGCAGAGGAGGAGUCUGAGAUCCAUAUCCCAGAUGUGGAACCUGCUGCUUUUCUAAUUCUGCUGAAGUACAUGUACAGCGAUGAGAUCGACCUGGAAGCAGACACGGUGCUGGCCACCCUGUACGCUGCCAAGAAGUACAUCGUUCCUGCACUGGCCAAGGCCUGCGUCACCUUCCUGGAAACGAGCCUGGAGGCUAAGAACGCCUGCGUGCUGCUGUCGCAGAGCCGCCUGUUCGAGGAGCCCGAGCUGACGCAGCGCUGCUGGGAGGUGAUCGACGCUCAGGCCGAGCUCUCGCUGGGCUCCGAGGGCUUCUGUGAGAUCGAUCUGCAGACGCUGGAGAUCAUCCUGCGGAGGGAGACGCUCAACACCAGGGAAGUGGUGGUGUUUGAGGCCGUGAUGAACUGGGCCACGGCGGAGUGCAAGAGACAAGGUUUGGGGCCCACAACCCGUAACAAAAGAAAUGUCCUUGGCAAGGCGCUGUUCUUAGUGCGCAUCCCCACCAUGAGCCUGGAGGAGUUUGCCAACGGGGCGGCGCAAUGUGAUAUCUUGACACUGGAGGAGACGCACAAUGUGUUCCUGUGGUACACUGCAGCUAAAAAGCCCAAACUGGACUUCCCUCUGACUGCGAGGAAGGGUCUGGUGCCCCAGAGGUGCCACCGCUUCCAGUCCUCGGCCUACCGGAGCAAUCAGUGGCGCUACCGCGGCCGGUGCGACAGCAUUCAGUUCGCAGUGGACAAGAGGAUCUUUAUCGCUGGUCUGGGGCUGUACGGGUCGAGCGGCGGCAAAGCCGAAUACAGCGUCAAAAUUGAACUGAAGAGACAAGGAGUGACCCUGGCGCAGAACCUGACAAAGUUUGUGUCGGACGGGUCGAGCAGUACGUUUCAGGUGUGGUUCGAGCAUCCCGUUCAGGUGGAGCAGGACGCGUUCUACACUGUGAGCGCCGUGCUGGACGGGAAUGAGCUGAGCUAUUUUGGCCAGGAGGGCAUGACGGAGGUGCAGUGUGGGAAGGUGACAUUUCAGUUCCAGUGCUCCUCCGACAGCACCAACGGGACCGGGGUACAGGGAGGACAGAUCCCCGAGCUUGUGUUCUAUGCAUAAGCUGCUCUGGACUGCUGAUGGGAAACGAGGGCCUCGUCCUCCCAGCCUUCAAAGUAAUGUAGCAUUAAAGACUCUUGACUAAUGUCACACUAAAUGGCCUGGUUAGUUCUUUGAGAGACUAUUUUAAAAGCCAAGGAGCUGUUGUUUUAUCUUAUUUAAUUUAAUCUUAUUUUUUUAAUUUAAAUCCUGGGUUAACGUUAUUUGCUUUGAUGCCUGUGUUCAAAGGCUGCAGCUGCUGUAGAAACAACAUUAAUACAGUGAUUUGUGGUUAUGUAAUCACGCUGAGCUCCACAACUGGAACAAGUAGGGACUGCUUCAAAUUGUGUAAUUGCAAGUCUAUAAUACAAUGUUGUUGCUAUAGUCUGAGCAGCGAUAUUACACGAGGAGCAAACUUUAUGUAGUGUUAUGAUCCUAAAUGCAAAAACAGUAGAAACCUUGUCAAAAGCCGAGUUGUUUUGCACUUCAGAGGAUGGCCUCAGAAACGUCGUGUCUUUUGUAAAGUUUAACUGUUGACAGCUUGAUGCUGUUGAAGAUGACCAGAUGUGUUCUGUACAAGAAUGCUUAUACACCUGAUGAUAAAACAUAAAGGUUAUAAUGUGAU